AUGUACUANCGUCGACGAGUUCAAUCUAAUGAUAAUUCGAGUAAAACUGAAAGACGUCGUCUAACCAAAACUGUAUCAAAUGACAGUUCGAAUCCUUCAUCAUUUGAUUAUUUAUUUUCUAAUGAACAAAUUCCUUCAUCAUCAAAUGAUAUUUAUUCAUCUGCGCCAACAUCAAAUCAACGAUCGUUUACAUCUGUUCGAGACAUGAAUAAAAAUCUUUACUCACUUUUACAAACCAAUAACUCUCAAGAUCAAUCCUAUUCAUCCAACCAACCUAUGCCAAAUAUCUUACAUGAUAUGCUCAAAUCAUCACCACCUUCAACAUCAAAUCCAAAUGACAAUAAUUUCAAUUCAGGUAUCGAUAGUGCAUAUUCAUCAUUAUCAAAAUCUCCAUCAGGUAGUUCACAAUCUCCUUCGCCGUCUCAUAGUGAUUAUGAAAUUGAUCAAAUGAUCUCAUCAAAACUAAGUAAACAAUUGAAAACGAUGGACCGUUCGAGUCCGCUGUUUCGUCGAAUGGUUGUGGCGAUCAUGCGUCAUCAAAUGAAUAAAUCGAAGCCGAAUAAUGAACGACGGAAGAUUCUCUCGACUCCACCAUCGAUUCCAUCACCGUCCCCGUCGCCAUCAACCAAUCUCUUAUUCAAUCAAAUUCCAGCUUCAUCCAUGGAUUUAGAACUACCAAAUGCAACACAAAAUCCAAUUCCUAGUUCGACAUUUGAUCUAGAUGUUGAAGCAAUACUUGAUUUUGAACGAACGACAUUUGGAGAUUGUUCUUUUGAUAUACAUGACUUGCCCAAUUUGUGA